CUUUCCAUUUUUUCAUGCCAUGGCAUCUUCUUCUCACAAGCAACAGCAACACUUACCAAACUUGUACGGCGCCACCGCGGCCCCACCGCCAACCCCAUCCGCGCAACCCAAUCACCACCUCGUCACGUCAUCAGCCACCGCGGAUGCGCUUUCCAAGCUCCUCCACCGUCUCCCUCCAACUCUCUCCCUCCCUACUCGCCGCUUGGCCCCAUCCGUCGAGUCUCCUCCUACCGUCUCUUUCUCUGACCCUAACCUGAAGGAUCUCCUCCUCUCCUCCGGUUCCAAACUCGGGUUCUUCCAACUCACAAGCCACGACGUAUCUUCCCGACUCGCUAACUCUGCUGAGACCGAGUCACUCUCUCUCUUUGAACUCCCUAAAGAGCAAAAAGAAUCAUGUUUCCCCAAGAACUGGCCUCUAGGCUUCAAUGCCGAUGAGGAAGAAGGUGGGGAGGGAAAGGGUGAGUCAUUUUGCUUGGAUGCUACGUGUUCAACCGAGUCAAGAAACCUGUCAUUGAGUUCUCUACGUGAGCUCACUCGGGCUUUAGAGAAACUGGGGUUGAAGAUCAUCGACACGUUGGCAAAUGCAGUAGGGUUUGAGAACCCGAUAGGAGAUGAUCCGAACCGGUUUUGUUCUUUGAUGUGGAUAUCAGAGGGUUUGCAUGGGGAUGAUAAACCCUCGGGCGGGUUUUACCCGUAUGUAAUUGGGUUACAAUAUCAAAUCAGGUGCCAAAAAUAUUCCUUGUUGUCGGAUUCGGGUUGGCUUUCGGUUUCACCCGAAGUGGACUCCAUCAUGGUCACUCUCGGUGACAUUGCUCAAGUUUGGAGCAAUGGGAAACUAAGGAAAGUGAGGGGAAGACCGGUGGCGGUGCGUUUAGAUGAUGAAAACAGCUCUCGUCGUAUAUCAAUGUCACUGUUAUUGACACUUCCGAUGGAUAGUCAAGUUGCUCCUGUCCUUACCAAGGUUAUUGCUGGCGAUGAAAAUGACAACGAUGAUGAAAUUGGUACCAAGGGAAAGAAAGAAGAGAGAUUGUUUACUUCAUUUUCCUUUGAAGACUAUGCAUGGAGAGCUUAUCAUGAAUGCCUCCUCUUCAAAGAUCCACUUGAUAGAUACCGCAUCUAAAGUUUCUAUACAUUGAAUAAUUUUCAAUCUUUCUAAGCAAAUGGAAAUUUGACAAUA